AUGUCGCAGCAGUCCAAGGCGCCGGACCGCAUCCGCAUGUCUGCCGCGGCACGUUACGUGGCUACCACCAACGAUCUCGAGUCGGACUUGCUGGUCUCGGCACGGCGUGGGGAUGUACUGACGCCGUCGAUGGUACUCAAGUCGGAUGCGUACCCAGGAUCACGGGCCUGGGGCCUCACACCUCGAGUCUCUGGCGCGCCCAACUUCCGGCGCGCCUAUCAGUUUCCUCUCUUUGGCGUGGCCCAGCCGACGGCGGCAGGCAUGCGCGCAGUGCUGCGGCUUGCCGCCGCCCGCUCGGGCAUCAUUCACUGGGUCAAUCUCCGUGAGGAGGCCAUGAUAUACCUCAACAUGACGCCGUAUGUCCUCCGCUCCGCCGACGAUCCGCUCGCCAACCUACAGAAUCUCCGCGGAAUCUCGGCCGAGCGGCUGGACGCUCUCGAAGCCAAGCUCAAGGCCGAUGUUGUGGCCGAAGCCCGUCGCUACGGCUCGAUGAUUCUUGUUCACAAGGAAGUAGAGCCUGGAAGGGUGCUUGCCAUGUGGGAGCACGUCGAGCUGCCGUCGCCCGAUGCCGACGUGCUGGGCGCCGUCACCGGGCCGACCUCCAUCCUUACCUCGGCCGAAUUUGUUGCCGUCGUCCUCGCGCAGGUUCCAGGCAUCUCACUCUCAUACCAUCGCAUUCCGCUGCCACCGAUGGCAGUGCCCGACUUUGCGGUCUUUGAUGCCCUCGCUCGCGUCAUCGAAGCCGCAUCCGACGCGCCCGGUGCCGCCCAGGCCUUGGUCUUCAACUGUCAGUCGGGCCGUGGACGGACCACGUUUUCGAUGGCGCUGGCCAAGGUCAUUCUCAAGCUCCGUGCUGGCGUUGGCCUUGCCACCCCGGUCGAGAUGACGCCCAAGUCGUCGUACGCACCCGAGCUUGCCUCGUUUGGCGCCCUCGGUGACUCGCCACCAGGCACGCCAUCACUUGCGUCGCGGCUCAAGACCUCGGUCUCGCUGACCGGCGGCAUGGCCGCGCUUGCGGUUGGCCCGUGUUCGCCGACCGCGGCCGGCGAGCAAGGCGAAGACCUGGCCUUUGGCGCCGUCCCGAAGCGGCUUCUCGGUGCUGGCCUCGUUCGCUCGCCGUCGCUCGACUCGGCGCUUCCAGAGUCCACCCACCCGGUCGCGGUCCCGCACGACCGCAUUUUCGGGCGUGUUGUUGAGCAGCAGGCCGGUAACUAUCGAGUUGUCCUUGCGCUGGUCCGUGCACUGGCGAUCGGUGCGCGCGCCAAGACCUUUGUCGACGAUGUCGUUGACACCACGGCAGAGCUCGUCAACAUCCGUGAAGCCGUGCUCGUGUACAAGGCCUCGUCGCCGCCUGACCUUGAGCACUCGCUUCUCUUUCUCCGCCGCUAUGUCAUGCUCAUUGCGUUCUCGGCUUACUACAUGGAGUUGGUCGAGACGCUCUCGGCUGGUGGCACCUUUCCGCGCCAGAUCUCGUUUGCCGACUGGAUCAACGAGCACCCCGAGGUCCGGCAUGUCUACUCGUCGCUCGACACCGACUCGGUGGCAGCGUUUUUCGUGCCGGCUGACGACCUCGACGCAGACUCGCGGGCACUGGCUGCGUCACUGGAGGCUGGUUCCGAGGUCGAUCCUAAGCUCGCCCGCUCGCUCGUCGCGGGGCGCUCGGGUUCAGUUCUCUCGGCGUACUCGAUCCUGCGCCAGGACGUGGUUGACGUGGGCGUGACAGCGGCCAGGCCAGGUGCGCCACCGCUUAAUGUCGAUGCCAACUACCGCCCGCUCCUCGCAGACGGCGAGGGGCGGGUCGGCAGGAGCUCGUUCCAGAUCCACGGCUGCGCACAGACGUCACAGCCGACGCUCCGGUCGUUGCUGCGGUCAGUGCUGGUGGCGACGCACGCGGGGCGGAUCAAUGUUGUCAACGUCCGCAUGGAGCCGUUUGUUUACAUCUCGGGCGUGCCUUUUGCGCUGCGCUCGUUUGACGCACCGCGGCAGGUGCUCAUGGAGAUGCGCGGCAUCUCGGCUGAGCGCCUUCUCGAGGUUGAGGCGCGACUCAAGGCCGAUGUGGCCGAUGAGGCGGCCUCGCUCGGCAACAAGGUUCUGGUCCAUCCGGGCGAGUCUGUGGCGCUGGCAGACCUGCUCCCUGACGGGACCUCUCUGGUCACGCCAGCAGAGGCCAUGGCCCAGCUCCUCGCCGAGGGCUUCAAGCUCUCGUACGAGCGACUGCCGCUGCAUGUUGGAACGCUAGCUGGCGAGGACGAGGAGGCACUCGCGUCACUCGAGGCCCAGGCGAAGCUCUCGGCGCUGUCGACGUCGACCAUUGCGUCCGUUCUUGCGGGCCAGAUCAACUACACAGCGAGGUCGUUUGACGACCUGGCCAUCGAGGCCGUCGCUGCCCGCAACGCUGGUGAGCACCUGCUCUUGAUUUCUGGCCACGGCGGAAUGCGGACGGCGGUAUGCAUGGCAGUGGCUGGUCUUGCGGCAGGCAUCGAACCUGUUGAGCUUGUGCGGCCCCCGGUGGCCAAGGGGGCGCCGCAGCCCAAGUUUGCCAACCCGCAACUGGUGAAAGAGCUUGUGCGGCUGCUGCCGCAUGGAAAUGCAGCACUCGAGCGUGCUGAAGAGUUCUUUGCCGCCGCCGCCGGUCGGUCGCUGCGGUCGAUCAUGUGGUCGUUCCUCGACGAGCUGUCGGAAGGAGACGACGAGGAUAACACCGCCACGCUGCUGAGGUUCAAGGCACGUUACUCGAUGGACUUGUACCUCAACCUUAUCUGCUUUACCGAGUAUGCCGCCUUUUCGGGCACCCGAGAGCGCACCUCGUUUGCUGGAUUUCUCAACUCUUUGCCCGAGGUGAGUGGUCUGUUGUCUGCGCUGUGGAGCUCGGCGCGGCGUGAGGGCGACGACGUGCUCUUCUCACGAAGCGACUUUGAAAACCGUGCCAAGGUCGUGCCGAGCUGCCGGACCGGCGUGGUCUCGUCGAUGGACGACCACGCCGGGGUGGUGGACGCUCGUGGCGGCACUGUGCUUGCCGGCGGCAUGAUCAUGAAGGCCGACCAUUUUCCGGGUUGCCAGAAGCAGCACAUUGAGCUCAAGCUGACUGGCGCGCCCAACUUUCGGCAUGUGGACGCCCGGUACCCGAUCUACGGCGUGGGCAUGCCGACCGGCGCGGCGCUAGUUGAGGUCCUCUUGAGGGUGGUGGGUGAGGCCGGUGCCUCUGCGCGGGUCCAUUGGGUUUGCCUCCGCGAAGAGCCUGUCCUCUUCCUCGCUGCCAAGCCGUUUGUUCUCCGCGAAGCCGGUAACCCGUUCCGCAACCUGCAGUCGCGUGGCAUUGACGAGGCCCGACUCGAGGCGCUCGAGCUGAGGCUCCUCGACGACGUCCGAGCUGAGGCCGAACUCUACGGUGCCCAUGUCCUGGUCCACGGCGAGGACGAGACCGGCGAUCCGGAGCUCAUGGGCAUGCUUCUCUCACACUGGGAGGCCGUCGAGGGCCCACACACCAUCGCCACCUACCGUGACCUGUUUGCGUCGCUCGAAGAGUUCUCAGUUGACUUUUUUCGCGUCCCGGUCACCGACGAAAAGGCCUUCCUAGCCUCGGACCUGGAGCGGGUGGCAGGCAUCGUCGCCGACGCCUGGGGCUGCGACGGACUGCCGGAGACCAUCCCGGCCGACCGCGACGCGCUCCGGUUCGUGUGCCAGUGCCAGAUGGGCCAGGGCCGGACGACCCAAGGUACCGUUGUCUGCCACAUGGUCAUCCGCGCGCUCGCGGGUGAAGCCGACGCUGCGCAUUUGGAUGCGGCUUCGGGCGACGAGUCGGACGAAGAUGACAGGUCUAGGCACAACCUCGCCCAGCCGCUCCGCCCGCUUCGGCGCCACUCGUCGGUCGAAGCUAUGCGCGCCGGCGAGUACGCCACAGUCCUCGACUUGGUCCGGGUCCUCGGUCCGGGUUGGGCUGCCAAGGAUUUCGUCGACACCUCGAUCGACGCCUGUGACCUGGUCCUCAAUCUGCGGACCUCUAUCCACGACGUCUACCUCCUCUCAGAGACCAACCCGCGCUACGUGGGCAAGACGCUUGACUUUCUCGAGCGCUACUGCGUCUUUGUCGUCUUUGCUGCCUACCUUCUCGAAGCUGGCGCUACCUUUUGGCACGGGCCCGACUCCCAGCCGUUCACCCGUUGGCUGGCUGACCGACCCGAGGUCGUGGCGCUCCUCCAGAACCCGCGCCUCUAGCCAUGGGCCUCGUACAGAGCCUUGCUUGUGUGUGACCAUCCGCAAAACAAGAACCCCAUCGUUUUGCCGUGAAUGAAUCGCCUUCUUCGGCCUCGGUA